AUGACAGUGAGAGAUGCACUUAAUGCAGCACUUGAUGAGGAACUUACUCGCGAUGAGCGUGUUUUUCUAAUGGGCGAAGAAGUCGCUCAAUAUAAUGGCGCAUAUAAGCGUAUUAUUGAUACACCUAUUACAGAGUCAGGUUUCGCUGGUUUAGCCAUAGGCGCAGCGUUAUCUGGAUUGAGACCUAUAUGUGAAUUUAUGACUUUCAAUUUUUCAAUGCAAGCUAUAGAUCAAGUGAUCAAUUCAGCAGCAAAAGUUUAUUAUAUGGCAGGUGGUUUAGUACCAUGCCCCAUUGUCUUUCGAGGUCCAAACGGUUCAGCAGCAGGUGUUGCGGCUCAACACUCCCAAGAUUAUUCAGCAUGGUAUGGUGCUAUUCCAGGAUUAAAAGUUGUAUCACCGUGGGAUAGUGAAGAUGCCAAAGGGUUAUUAAAGUCUGCAAUUCGAGAUCCUAACCCGGUUAUCGUAUUAGAGAAUGAACUUCAAUAUGGAGUCCCAUUUCCAAUGUCUGAGGAAGCAAUGUCACCCGAUUUUUUAUUACCAAUUGGUAAAGCUAAAAUUAUACGGGAAGGCAAGGAUGCCACAAUUGUAUCGCAUUCAAGAACAAUAAAUUUUUGCAUUGAAGCGGCCGAAAAGUUGCAAGCCGACGAAGGAAUUUCAGUUGAAAUAAUUAAUUUACGAUCGAUCAGACCAUUAGAUGCUGAUACAAUAGUAAACUCAGUUAAAAAAACCAAUCAUUUGAUAUCCGUUGAAUCGGGAUUUCCGCAAUUCGGAGUUGGUAGCGAAAUAUGUGCCUUGGCGAUGGAAACAGAAGCAUUUGAUUAUUUAGAUGCACCAGUAGAAAGAGUUACAAAUGCGGCUAGUCCCGUUUAUGAUUUAGAGGCAUUUAGAAAUAUAAGUGAGGCAUACGAAAAAAAUGAAUUAGCAUAUCUCGAGCAAUAUUAUUCAAAAUAUUACGUUGUUGACCUGAGGUUAGCACCAACGCAUCCUUUACUUCAACGAUCAGAGGCUCAGAGCUCUUCUGAACAUUACCCGUCAAACAUCCAAACUAUAGAAUAUGAUGUUAAGGUUAAGAGCUCGAUUAAUAAGAAAAGACAGGAUCCUCUUUCAAUUAAUACUGAAAUUUGUGCCAUUACAACUGAAGAAGGAAAGCGUUAUAGCAUUAAAGCUGGCGUCGCAGUAAGCCAUGAUACUGGACCUGUAACAAAACCUUCAGAUGCGAUAUAUGCAGAUGGUCAUGUGAGAAACGAUUGGACAAAACACGAAAUAAAUAUCAAAACCGGUGGAUGUUCUGAGGAUUGUGCAUACUGUCCACAAUCUUCUAAAUACAAAACUGCCGUCAAGGCAACAAAAUUGUUAGAUACCGAUGAUGUUAUUACUGCGGCUAAGAAUGCAAAAAAAGCUGGUAGUACCAGGGCAAUGGACAUGGAAGUUUGUUGCACUUUGGGUAUGUUGAAUGAAGCCCAAGCCAAAGCUCUGAAAGAGGCUGGCUUAACUGCAUACAAUCAUAAUUUGGAUACAUCUCGUGAAUAUUAUCCAAAGAUAAUAACCACUCGAUCUUAUGAUGAGCGACUUGAAACAAUUUCAAAUGUUCAAAACGCUGGUAUUUCUGUAUGCUCAGGUGGUAUUAUUGGGUUAGGUGAAACUCCUGACGAUCGCGUAAAUAUGUUACACACUUUGGCAACGUUUUCAAUGCAUCCUGAGAGUGUUCCUAUUAAUGCGCUUGUGCAAGUUGAGGGUACACCAUUGGACAAACAAGAGGCUUUAUGUUUCCUUGCUGGCGCAAAUUCUAUUUUUACUGGUGAUAAAUUAUUAACAACAGAUAAUAACGAUUUUGAUGCUGAUCAAGAAAUGUUUAAAAUUCUAG